UCCCCUCUGUGAUUUGGAGGAUACCUAUAUCAUAUUUCCCUCCACCUCUCUCUCUCUCUCGACCUUGGCUUGGAAUUGGAAGGGAAGCCUACACAUCAUUUAGACUUCGAUACUUCCAGAGGCAGGACGGCUUCUUUCCAUUUCAGAAUCUCAUUUUCCAGAAAAAGUGGAAGCGGAACCAGCUGGGGCUUCUUCUCGUACCAAGUUCAACACUCGUUCAUAAGCCCGGUUCACUGACGAGUUGUCGUCUUCUCUGUUAUGUGUGAAGGUGAUUCGAGCCCUCCCCAACCAUGGGAGAUAGAAUUGAUUCAUCAUCGUACCCUUCGGAGAGCAAGAGCAGAAGCCCCCUAUGCGUUUUCUUUGACGAUGCCAGACUUGUUUUCAAAAUGGAUGAGCUUGGCCUGGAAGUCGCAAGGAUUGCAGUCCCUGCAGCAAUGGCUUUGGCAGCUGACCCAAUUGCUUCUUUGGUUGACACAGCAUUCAUUGGCCAAAUAGGUCCAGUUGAACUUGCUGCUGUAGGAGUUUCUAUUGCUGUGUUCAAUCAAGUAUCAAGGAUCGCAAUAUUUCCACUUGUAAGUGUCACAACAUCUUUUGUAGCUGAGGAAGAUGUUAGGACAGCAAGUCCUGACAGAGAAGAAAGUGAAAACUUGGAAGUUGGCUCAACACUUGGUGAAAAGAAAGUGUUGAUACAAAAGCCAGAUUCAGAAUACAAAUCAAAAUCACUGAGCAGUAGCUUUGAUAUAGUUCUACCUAAACAUGCAAAAAGGCGCAUCCCAUCAGCUUCUACAGCAUUAUUUAUUGGUUCCAUCCUCGGACUCUUGGAGGCCUUAUUUUUAAUUUAUACAGCAAAACCUGUUUUAAACUUCAUGGGAGUCAAAUCCGACUCUCCUAUGCUAAAACCAGCACAAAAAUACUUGACAUUGAGGUCUCUUGGUGCUCCUGCUGUUCUGCUCUCACUGGCCAUGCAAGGAGUUUUCCGCGGAUUUAAGGACACGAAAACUCCUUUAUAUGCUACUGUGGCAGGAGAUGUGACAAAUAUAAUUCUGGACGCAAUAUUUAUGUUCGUUUUCCAUCUGGGUGUCAGUGGUGCAGCCAUUGCACAUGUUUUGUCUCAGUACCUAAUUUCCCUUAUACUUUUUUGGAAAUUAGUGCAACAAGUUGAUCUUUUCCCUCCUAGUCUCAAAUAUAUGCAAUUUGGUCCAUUUCUUAAAAAUGGCUUUUUGUUACUCAUGAGGGUCAUAGCUGUUACAUUCUGCGUGACCCUGGCAGCUUCUAUGGCUGCACGCCUGGGAUCAACACCAAUGGCUGCAUUUCAGGUCUGCUUGCAAGUUUGGCUAACGACAUCUCUUCUUGCUGAUGGACUGGCUGUUGCCGGGCAGGCAAUAAUUGCAAGUGCAUUUGCAAGAAAAGACAACAAACGGGCUAAAGCAACUGCAACGCGAGUUUUGCAGUUGGGAUUGGUCCUUGGCAUGGUGCUGGCUCUCAUACUGGGAGUUGGGCUGCAGUUUGGAGCUAGGUUAUUCACAAAAGACAUCAAUGUUGUCCACCUCAUCCAUACUAGCAUCCCGUUUGUUGCAGCUACUCAACCAAUCAACGCCCUGGCUUUUGUUUUUGAUGGUGUCAAUUUUGGAGCUUCUGAUUUUGCGUAUUCUGCUUACUCUAUGGUUCUGGUGGCUGUGGCCAGCAUCUUCCUGUUGUUCAUUCUCUCGUCCAGCCAUGGAUUCAUAGGAAUUUGGGUUGCUCUGACUAUAUACAUGAGUCUCAGAGUAUUCGUCGGUUUUUGGAGGAUAGGGACUGGAUCAGGGCCUUGGGGCUUUCUCAGGCACUGAACAUGAAUUUGUUGUUCUAAUAGCUCCAGAAAGGCUUCCUUGAGAAGCAAAUCCCAGCCAAGGAAGCAGUAGUGGCGGUGUAUUCCUUAGUUAACGGGUAUAGAUCCAUGGAAACAUGGCUGUCAUAUAGGGGGUGUUUGGCUUAGUGGUUUGACCGCUUAUAAGCUGCCCCAUUAGUUUAAAUGUUGUAUAUCUUAUUUAGUUACACAUUUGUUAAAAAUUAAAGAGUUUAAACGCUAAUUUAACAGCGUUUUAGAAAAGCUCCCCCCCCCCCCCCCACUUUUCUCAAAA